ACGCCCAGCCAGACUUCUCUCUGUCAUCAUGGACAGGGUGCCCUUCUGCUGCUUGAUCUUCAUAGGACUCCUGAACCCGCUCCUGUCCCUUCCUGUCACAGACACUGGUGAAAGGUCUCUUCAGCUUCCAGUGUUUGAGGAAGAUGCUCUUCAGGCUCUGGAGGAGCUGGAGAGGACGGCUCUCCUGCAAACACUGCGCCAGACCAUGGUUACGGAAGCAGGGGAAAGACUCGGGGAAGCAGAUUCUAGUGCCGAGACUCCCACUCCAAGGGGAAGCCUGAGGAAGGCUUUCACUGGGCCAGAUUCUAACACUGUACUGAGUCGUCUUUUGGCGAGAACCAGGAAACAACAUAAGCAGCACGGGACUGCCCCAGAAUGCUUCUGGAAAUACUGCAUUUGAAGAGACGAGCAUCCAUUGGUCUGCUCAGAACCAUCUCUUCAGGAAAGUAAAAGAGCAGACGCUUGAAGAAAACCCACGCUGCCGCCGCUGCCCUGUUCUUCAUUAUGAGAAAUAAAUCCUCCAUGUUUCUCA